UUCUCUCUCUGCACUUUUUAUCAGCUUAUGUCAUCACAUUUCCCGUAUACGCCCACCAAUUUCUAUCUCUUUACACUUUUCAUUAACUCGAAACAGAGAAAAAGCGAGAGAGAGAGAGAGAGAUUCUGGAAAGCUCUUUGUUCAAGGGUUUCUCGUUGGUAAUUCCUUUUUUUUUUCUAUAAAUUUUCAAAUUUGUUAUUACUGCUACUGACCGAUCUAGUGUCACCAUAUUCUUUGGUUUUUUCACGGUAUUGAAGUGCACGAAGAAAUAGCAGAGUCGGGGAUCAUGGAGAAGCUACUUGCCAUGGUUUAUAUAUAUUCUGCUUAUAGUCCGUAAAUUUUUGGAGAAAAGUUAUAGGUUUUGUUGUGGUGGAGUGCUGUGAUUGCAAACAUGGGUUACAAUUGCGAUUUCUGUGGGCAUCAAAGGCCUGUGGUAUAUUGCCGGUCUGAUGCAGCAUGUUUAUGUUUAUCAUGUGAUCGAAAUGUCCAUUCUGCUAAUGCACUGUCGAGACGCCAUUCAAGAACAUUAUUAUGUGAGAGAUGCAAUUCACAGCCUGCUUUGGUUAGGUGUACAGAGGAAAGGGUUUCCCUAUGCGAAAACUGUGAUUGGAUAGGUCAUGGUACAUCUACCUCGAAUUGGACACAUAAGAGGCAAACAAUUAAUUGUUACUCUGGUUGUCCAUCAUCUGCGGAACUUUCUUCCUUAUGGCCAUUUUUUUGGCAGUCCCCUUCACCGGGUGAAUCUACUUGUGAGAAGGAAUUAGGUCUAAUGAGCAUCACUGAGAAUAUUGAAACGACUUCCUGGGGCCCUACAGGGAACACUGUUAGCCAGAAUAAGAAUAGUGAUGGUGUUGCAGAAGUUAAUAAUGACAAUAAUGCGGAUAUGGGAAGUGGCUGGGAUGGGUCUUCUUCAAUUCUGGAACUAAGAUCUCCACCACCUCUAGAUCAGCCAGCUGGAGUAACUGAUACGUCAUUGCCCAAGGUAUCUUGCCCUCAAACAAAACGUCCAUUGCUUUGUGAAGAUGAUCUCUAUGAUGACUUCAACAUGGAUGAAGUUGAUUUGAACCUUGAUAAUUAUGAAGAACUCUUUGGAGUAGCUCUCAAUCACUCAGAAGAACUUUUUGUGAAUGGUGGAAUUGACAGCUUAUUCAGGACGAAUGACUUGUCUGCUGCUGAUUCCGACUGUCGUGGUGCUGUGGCUGCUGAGGGCUCAUCUGUUGGACUUGUCAACGCAAUCCAGCCAGCAUGCAGCAAUGGGGCAUCUGCUGAUUCUGUGAUGAGCAAUAAAACUGAUUCAGUGCUUUGUUUCACUGGAAGGCAGGCUCAUUCAAGCCUCUCAUUUUCUGGCCUUACUGGAGAGAGCAGCGGAGCAGAUUACCAAGAUUGUGGGGCUUCAUCAAUGCUUCUAAUGGGAGAGCCUCCUUGGUGCCCUCCAUGUACUGAGAGCUCCUUCCAAUCAUCAACUCGAAGCAAUGCUGUAAUGCGUUACAAGGAAAAGAAGAAGACACGGAAGUUUGAGAAGCGAGUGAGAUAUGCAUCUCGCAAAGCAAGGGCCGAUGUGAGAAAGCGUGUGAAGGGACGCUUUGUCAAAGCCGGUGAUGCCUACGAUUUUGAUCCAUUGAACCAAACCCAAAGCUUCUGAGAUGCUCCAGGUUUAUACAGGAGAAGUUGGAUACAAAAAAAAUACCAUGAAUAAAUCGCCGAGACCUGGUUCUCCAUUACCAUAAAAAAAAGACUGAUGGAUGGCGAGAUAGGUCAGUCACAUCUGCCAGCCAUUGCAAUCGAGCAAGUUCGCCUGCUCAGUGUUGGGUAUGUUGACAAUUAUAUAUUCCUUCAUCUGGUUGUCAGCACUUUUAUAAAAGCUGCAGAUGCUGUUGCCGCCGCCACUGACAUGCUAAGCUGGACUUACAAUGUCAAGUCACAGGCAACAGCAUGCAGCUAUAAUUUUGCCCUUCGAUUUCUGUUUUCUUUUGUGGGUAUUUUAUUAUUAUUAUUAUUAUUGAAAUGUAUAGCUUAAGAUCUUUGUAUGCACAGUUGAGAAUUUUAAUGGCUGCUUUCCCGUUGCCCGAGUAAUAGGUGGUAGGUCUUACAUGCACUUGUAAUUUUCCCAUCCUUAUCUUUUUCUGGUAUUAUUUAUAUGUUAAUACAAAUUAAUCUAUUGUCAAAAAAAAUUUUAAGAUCAUCAAGAUUUUGACUCUAACGAGAUUUGGAGAUGAUGUCAUUAUGUUACUCAAA